AUGCCUCCAGUCCUUCAUUGUGUCCGCCAUGCGCAGGGUUUUCAUAACCUCAGUGUGGAAAACCAUGUCCUGCAGGACCCCUUGCUCACCCCGUUCGGCGAAGAGCAAUGCCGUGCUCUCCGGGCAAACUUUCCCUAUCACGCAGAUGUUGAAUUAAUAGUCGCCUCGCCUCUUCGCCGAACAAUUUAUACAGCCCUGCAUUCUUUUGCAAAUAUCAUCCAAGAAAAGGGGCUUACAGUCAUUGCACUGCCUGAAAUACAGGAAACGAGUGACGUUCCUUGUGAUACUGGAAGCGACCUUGCCGAUCUAAAGAAGGAGAUAGAAGAGAAAGGACUGCCUGUCGACCUAUCCUUGGUCCCAGAAGAUUGGAAUGAUAAGACAUUAGAGAGGUGGUCAGCGAAUGCUAAGUCUGUUACAAUACGUGCUCGUGAGGCCAGACAAUGGCUGAAAGCCCGGCCAGAGAAGCACAUUGCUGUGGUUUCUCAUGGAGGUGUCCUACACUAUAUCAGUGAAGAUUGGCAGGAUAGUACUCUUUAUCAAGUCACCAAAAAGCAACCAAGCCCGAAUAAUUAUGCUAAUGGUCGUCCUUCGCCCAAAUGGCCAGGCACUGGUUGGGCCAACACUGAGUUCCGCACUUUUCACUUUACCGAUUCCGCGGACACCGACGACUUGUAUGGCAACAAGAUUGACGGUGACAAUGCAAGUAUUAGAGAGACCGCUGAUUCAAGGAAGAGAAGAGGGAAGACAGUAGCUGAACCUCCAUCUCGUGAAAUGCAGAAGGAGUUUUUCCUCCAGGCUAUCGCCGGUUGGGAGACUCAGGCGGCAGAAGCUUUGGCAGCAGAUCGCACCACUGGGGAGAAGGUGCGAGCUAUGGAGAUCAUGCAGAAGCAGCCUAUUCCCACUGCUGAAUAA